AUGGCAGUUCAAACAAGAGGCGUCGACAACGGUGCAGUUGCUGACCGUGUGUCGCCCCAGGACAGUAGCCAAGUGAUUGGCCGGGCAGCCUCGGUGGCGCUGCCAGUCGCCCAAGCAUGUCUGGGUUGCUGUGCUGCAAUUCGCUGCGUGUGCCGCGAAGAUGCUGGAGCAAUAUGA